AUGUCAACUAAAAAAUCAAAAACUACAACUACUACAACUACUUCAACACCAUCAAUUGAAAAACCAACAGAAGCACCAUCAAAAAAGAAACCAUCAGCAACAACUAAAAAAUCUAAAACCACCACAAAUGAAAAGCAACCAAUAGAAUCAAUAUGUUUUUACAAAGUAUUAGGUGUUGAAAAGACAGCAACUGAUUCAGAAUUAAAAAAAGCAUACUAUAAAAAAGCAAGAGAAGUACAUCCAGAUAAAAACAAUGGUCCAGAGGCAAAAGAAGAAUUUCAAAAACUUGGAAGAAUUUAUUCAAUUUUAAAAGAACCAUCAUCUAGAAAAUUUUAUGAUAAACAUGGUGAUGUUGAAGAUACUGGUUUAGGUGGAUUAAAAGGUGAAGAUUUAUAUAAUGCAUGGAUGGAACAAUAUAAUAUUGUUAGAGUUAGUGAAGAGAGAAUAAAAGAAUUCUUUAAACAACAAGAUAUGCAAAAGAAAUCAAGUGGUAAACAAGUUAGUAAAGAUGAAGAAGAUGAUUUAAUAGAUUUUUAUAAUAGACAAAGAGGUGAUAUGAAAAAUAUUAAAGAAUAUGUUAUUGGAUGUGAAAAUAAAAAAGAUGUUGAAAGAAUGUGUGAUCAUAUUAAAUUUUUAAUUUCAAAGAAAAAAGUUAAAAGUUAUCCAAUAUUCUUUACAAGUGGAUCAUUUUCAUCUAAAAAAUCAAUUGACGAAGCAAUGGUUGAUCAAGCUGAUGAAAAACCUGAAGAAGGUGAAGGUGAAGAAAUUGUUGAAGAAGAUGAAGAUGAUGAAGAUGAAAGUGAAGAAGAUGACGAUAGUGAAGAAGAGGAAGAGGAGGAGGAGGAAGAAGAAGAGGAACCAGUAAAAGUUUUACCAAAGAAAAGAGUUAUUACAAAAAAAGUUGUAAAAACACCAAUUUUAAAAAAACAGAAACCAACAAUUAUUAAAAAAACUGCAAAGAAAACUGCAUCAAAAAAAUAA